AUGCUGCGGAGGAUGGUGUCGGACCAGGGCCCGGGCUCCGGCGCCGGCGGCGCCGGUGGAGAUGCGGCCAGGCCCCGCGGCGCCGGCGGCGCGCUGUUCGCCGUGCCGCGACUCUUCGUGGGGCUCGCCGCCGCCAAGCGCUCCCCGGACGGCAGCGGCGAGUCGGAGCGGAGCCCGACGUCGCCGCUCGACCCCAAGGCCCUGCUGCUCCGGUCCCCGCGCUCGCCGCGGACCUGGGACGCGGAGCCGGUGGGGCUCGGCCUCGUGGUGGACGUCGCCCACGCCGGCGCCGGCAGCGACGGCGCCAGCGCCAACCCCACGACCUGCGUGCUCAGCCCGCGCCUGCGCCUCAAGUCCACGCCGAAGGUAUGCGGCGGGGGCGGCCACUCGCAGCCGGAGCUCGGCAAGACGGUCUCCUGCCCGGCGUCCGCCACGGCCGGCAUGUCCGUGCCCUGCAGCAGGUUCUUCCACGGCGGGGAUCUGAAGUCUGGUCCGGAGGCCACGCGGUCCGACACCGGCGCCAAGCGGCAUUGCUUCCACCUCGGCGAGUUCCCCGGGGCGGGGUCCCUGCCGGCGUCCAUCGCCGGAGGAGCCCGCCGCCGGUUCGUCGGCUCGGUCUCGGCCAGCGAGGUGGAGCAGUCGGAGGACUACACCUGCAUCAUCGCCCGCGGCCCCAACCCCAAGACCACCCACAUCUUUGGGGACUGCAUCCUCGAGCCCCAGGAUGUUGCCAAGAGCGGCGAGGCCGCUCUGGAAGUGAUGGACGGAGCUGCCAAGUCCUACCUGGUGGUCAAGUGCGCUACCGAGACCGCCGCCGAUGCGGUUGAUGAUUUCCUCAGCUCCUGCUUCACUUGCAAGAAGAAGCUUGAGGGCAGCGACAUUUACAUCUACCGCGGCGAGAAGGCAUUCUGCAGCGCUGAGUGCCGUGACAAGGAGAUCCUGAUCGAGGAGGAAGCCGAGAACAACAUGAGCAUGGGCUCCCCUCGCUCAUCCUGCUCGUCCCUGCACGAGGACAUCUUCAUGGCCGGGAUGAUCGUCGCCACAUGACCCGCCGCGACGAUGGCUCGACCGAGAACACACCGCCGUUUCCUCCUCGACAAGCAUGCGCCCAAUUUUCCCCCUUGCCACUACCUCCAGGGGACGGGGUGAUCAUACAUGGAUACAUUACCGGUGCGCAUUGCGACCAGCUCGCUGUUUUUGAUUCAGCAGCUGGGGAACCGAGGAGGAAGAAGCGGCCGUGUUCUUGGUGGGUCAUCGUCACCUGUGGGGGUCGGAUUCGCUGCGGCGAGCUGCUGCCAUUUUUACCCAGUCCUUGGAACCUGCAGGGAUCUGGGCUUUGUAGUAGAACAACAACAACAAAAAAAGAGGUCGCCUGCCUGCUUGCCUUUGGUCCUGUAGUUUCGAUCUUCAGGCAGCUGGCCAGUGCCACCCAUCCUUUUUCAUCUUCUUCUUGCUUCCUUUUUUCUUUUUUUCUUUCUUUUCCUCCUCCUGCCGGCAGCAGUGACCAUGUCUGCACAUUGCUACACUACCCUGUGAGAGAUAAUGACAUUGAGCUGCUUUGGGUCA